AGAAAGGGAGAGAGAGAGAGAGAGAGAGAGAGAGAGAUGGUUAAGUUGGGUUCUCUUAGCCAAAUCAAGCCUUCUCCAAUACCUACCAACUCUUCUUCUUCUUCCUCAAACCCUUCACAGAAGGGUAUUCUUCUCAAGAGGAGACGAGCCAUAGUGCUCGGUCCAAGUGUUGUGGUGGCUUCUUUGCUCCAUUUCUAUAACCCCAUUUCCCCACAACCUUCGUCUCACCUUGCACUUGCUCAGCAGCAACAAGAAGAUGAGCUUCAGCAACAAGAGGACCGCUCUGUGCAUCUCUUCCAGGAAACUUCUCCAUCAGUUGUUUUUAUUAAAGACCUUGAAAUAGACAAAAGCCUCAAGGCCUCUCCUGAUGCCGUCUUCCUAAGUGAGGAUGGAAAUUCCAAAGUUGAAGGAACAGGUUCAGGCUUCAUUUGGGAUAAGUUCGGUCACAUUGUCACAAAUUACCACGUUGUGGCUAAAUUGGCCACAGACCAAACCGGAUUACAGCGUUGUAAGGUUUAUCUUGUAGAUGCAAGAGGCAAUGGUUUUUACAGUGAAGGCAAGAUUGUUGGUGUGGAUCCAGCCUAUGAUCUGGCUGUUCUUAAGGUUGAUGUUGAAGGACAUGAGUUAAAACCUGUUGUUCUUGGCACAUCUAAUGGUUUACAUGUGGGUCAGAGCUGCUUUGCCAUUGGGAAUCCUUAUGGAUACGAGAACACUCUAACAAUAGGGGUGGUCAGUGGAUUAGGCAGGGAGAUACCCUCACCAGAUGGAAAGGCCAUUAGAGGAGCUAUUCAAACAGACGCUGCCAUUAACGCUGGGAAUUCAGGUGGGCCGUUGAUUGAUUCAUAUGGUCAUAUUAUUGGAGUCAACACAGCAACUUUCACUCGCAAAGGAACAGGAGCAUCAUCUGGUGUUAACUUUGCAAUACCAAUCGACACUGUUGUGCGAACUGUACCGUACCUUAUUGUAUAUGGAACACCGUACCGUGACAGGUUUUGAUCGAUUUACCAUUGUACCUAAAACAUAUUCCUCAUAUACGAUAUGUCUCUUGGAAAAACAAGCUGUAUAAAUUUCACAGAACACGAUCCAAUUUCUAAAUGAAUAUUGAUUUUGAUGGAUUGUGAAGAACAUACAUGAUAACCUCACACAAGAUCUGGUCAACUUUUCCAAUGCACCAUGGUGCUACCAAAAUUUCCUUUGUCAUGCUU